AUGAAUCUGACAGUACUCAGUAUUCUACUUAUUACGCUGUUCCACCAACAAUAUUUCACCCAAGCAGCACCUCCUCCUUUCGUUGGAUCCAUGAAUCGGCAUAUGAAUAAUGUAUUGGGAUCGUCAGAUGCCGACGGUUCAUUGCCAAAUGGAGAUAUAAAAUUGUGGAAGCGAGAGAUAGUUCCACCUUCAUUAAGAUUUGGAUGA